ACCGACCAGUUAUACAAAUGCUCUGAAUGCUGAGAUAACAUGCAAAUAAACCUUACAUAUCAAUGUGUGAAAACCGGACAGACCACACAGUUUAAAAAAGGAAGUACACUCUGCAAAGCUAACUUGCACAUUCACUGUCCGAGUUACAGCAUUCUCAGGGUCGCCGUAUGCCAAGCACAUCAACUCUUAAAAAAAAAAAUGGUAAGUAAUAGAUUUUAUGACUCUCCUCCGUCUCCUGGAGAACAUCUAAUCUUCUUCAUGUAGAGCAGAGAAGGGUGGGGGCGCUUCACGGGCACAUCCUCCAAUUCUUUGGAAUUUUUGCUUGACCCACUGUUGUUCAUUUGCUAAAAGCUGCUGAGUCUUUACUAUGCCAGUUGAGAGAUUGUGGCUUCAGGAGUUCCUUUUUCUGCUUUGAGCCUUCAGAAUAGAGGAAGAGCUAUGCCUUACAGAAGGAAAAUGACAUUGUUUGUCUUUGCCUCUUAAGAUAACUGGGUGCCAGAACCAGUAAUGUAGUCAAGUUUCUUACUAUGAACAUUUUGGAACCCAGAAGAGAACUCCAUGAUAAAUGUUGGGCGACAUCGCUGAUGAGUGCCACUUUGACAACACAGUGGAUUUUAUGAAAGUAGCUCUUUUAUUGUAAAAAUAUUUUUUAUUAUUUUAAUUAAGAGAAGCAAACUCAGUCCAAAUAGUCCAAACCUUAGGGACAGGUUAUGUUUCCAAAGUUGAUGGAAAGUCAUUAUAUGGAACACACUUAAAAUAGUGACUGGGUUCCCAGUUGUACCAUAAAAACUAGCUUAACCCAUAAUCAAGCUGAACUACAGUGUUAAUAUUCUGCUACAUCUUUUUUUUUAUUAUUAUUAUUUCUGUGUAAAACUUGGCUGUGUUCGUAUACAUGUGGUGUUCUUAUGCUCCCAGAAUCUAGAAGAGAGCCAACUUUCUAUCCCACACUUCCCCUCCCUUACUCCCCUGCCCCUGGAAAACUGGAGAUUGGUUAUCCCUUCUCUGCAAUGGAGAUUACUGCCUUUGCCAGUCCCUGAAGAGAGGUGAGAAGAGAGGGACUGAGACAGUGACUCCUACAGGAUGCAAAAACAGAUGUGAAGUCCCUCAUGGCGAAGUUUAACACAGGGGGCAACCCCACGGAGGAGGUCUCUGUCAACAGCCGACCCUUCAAAGCCCCAGGGCAAAACUCACCUUCAGGAGUGCAAGCUAAAAAGAACUUAUUCAACAACCAAGGAAAUGCCAGUCCUCCCUCAGGACCUAGCAACACACCUAGGUUUGGGUCCCCAAAGCCACCUUUGGGGGUGAAAUCUUCUUCCGAGGAAAAGCCUGACAAGGAGCCCAAACCCCCACUUCUAAGGCCGACUGGAGUGGACCAAAGAUUCGGACCGCCGGCAAACUCAGCCACCAGAGACCCUGAGGCCAAGGUGGGAUAUCUGAGACCCGUGGGCCCCAAGCCCAACAACUUGCCCAGAGAAGAUUCUAAACCUGUGCUUCCCCGGCCUCCCGGGAAUAAGCCUUUGCUGCACGGUGUCAACCAAGACUCUGACCUAAAGCCACCAGUCCCAAAGCCGGGGUCUAAUCCUCUAACCCAGGAAAAUGAGCAGAAGCAAGUGUUCCCAAAGCUGCCUGGGGUUAAAGGCAAGUUUAUGUCAGCUUCGCAAGAUCAUGACCCCAAACCCCUCUUUUCCAAACCUGCGUACGGCCAGAAGCCAGCCUGGAGCUCCGACCACUGCUAUGAAGACGAGAGUGGCCCCAAGGACGCAUCUCUGCAGAAAGGGCCCCUGGGUAUCCCCGGAGCCAAGUCCAAAACCGGCCCCCUAAAGCCAGCAAGGGAAGGGCCGGAAAAUAAAGACCAUGGAGGUGACACGUCAAGCUCGCCCUUCGCUGGAGUGGUUCUGAAGCCUGCGGCUGCAAGCCGAGGGGGCCCCAGCCUCUCCAAAAACACGGAGGAUAAAAGUGAAGAUAGGAAGGUAAAUGCUGCUAAAAACGUCUUCCUGAGCAAAAUGCAUCAGGAGGAGUCUGCAUCUGGGGCUCCUCCUGACAAGUUCCCUAAAACACCUUCUAAGCUGACAGUGGCAGGGUCAUGGGGCCAAAGCCAAGAAAAGGAAAAGGGAGACAAGGACCCAGCCACCCCGAGGCGGAAGCCCCUACCUCCCUUGUUUACCUUGGGCCCACCCCCACCAAAACCCAGCAGACCCCCUAACGUGGACCUGACGAAGUUCCGAAAACCCGCUUCUGGAAACAGUCCCAGCAAAGGCCAAACAUCUUACUCAACAACCUCCCUACCACCGCCUCCACCAUCCCAUCCAGCCAGCCAGCCACCACUGCCAGCCUCUCACCCAGCGCAACCACCAGUCCCAUGUCUACCUCCCAGAAACAUUAAGCCUCCCUUAGAUCUAAAAAGCCCUGUAAAUGAAGAAAAUCAAGAUGGUGUCAUGCAUGUUGAUGGUACAGGAACUCCAGAUGAGGAACAAGAGAGUGAUGGAGAAACAUAUGAAGACAUAGAAGCAUCCAAAGAACGAGAUAAAAAAAGGGAAAAGGAGGAAAAGAAGAGAUUAGAGCUGGAGAAAAAGGAACAGAAAGAGAGAGAAAAGAAAGAACAAGAAAUAAAGAAGAAAUUUAAACUAACAGGCCCUAUUCAAGUCAUCCAUCAAGCAAAAGCUUGCUGUGACGUCAAAGGAGGAAAGAAUGAACUGAGUUUCAAGCAAGGAGAACAAAUUGAAAUAAUCCGCAUCACUGACAACCCUGAAGGGAAAUGGCUAGGCAGAACAGCCAGAGGGUCCUAUGGCUAUAUUAAAACAACUGCUGUAGAGAUUGACUAUGAUUCCCUGAAAUGGAAAAAAACCUCUCUUGGUGCUCUUUCAUCAAGAGCUAUGGAAGAUGACCAGGAAGUGUAUGAUGAUGUUGCAGAGCAGGAUGAUAUCAGCAGCCACAGUCAGAGUGGAAGUGGAGGGAUGUUCCCACCUCCCCCAAAUGAUGAUAUUUAUGAUGGGAUCGAGGAAGAAGAAGAUGAUGGCUCCACACUACAGGUUGAAGAGAAGAGUAACUCGUGGUCCUGGGGGAUUUUGAAGAUGAUAAAGGGAAAAGAUGACAAAAAGAAAAGCAUACGAGAGAAACCUAAAGACUCUGAGUCAGACAAUAAUGAAGGUCCAUAUUUCCCUGCUCCUCCUAAACAACUGGACAUGGGAGAGGAAGUUUAUGAUGAUGUGGAUGCCUCUGAUUUCCCUGCUCCGUCAGCAGAGAUGAGUCAAGGAGCCAAGGUCAAGAUGGAAGAAAAAGACCCUAAGAAGCUAAAAAAGCAGGAAAAAGAAGAAAAAGACUUCAGGAAAAAAUUUAAAUAUGAUGGUGAUAUUAGAGUUCUGUAUUCAACCAAAGUUGCAUCCUUCUUAACUUCUAGAAAGUGGGGGACCAGAGAUCUACAGGUAAAGCCUGGUGAAUCUCUUGAAGUUAUACAAAACACAGAUGAUACAAAAGUUCUCUGCAGGAAUGAAGAUGGAAAAUAUGGUUAUGUUCUUCGGAAUUGCUUGGUGGACAAUGAUGGAGAGAUCUAUGAUGAUAUUGCUGAUGGUUGCAUCUAUGACAAUGACUAGCUCUCAGUUUUGGUCAUUCUGCUAGUUCAUUUGAAGAAAAUAUGAAGUCUGGGUUUUAAUUGGCAUAUAUUAUUAGUUAUUACAGAAAAUGAAUGCACAAAACUCCUUUUAUCAUUUGUUAUGAAAUUCUGAUAUCUUUAUAAAGUUUUGAGAUGUUGGAUAUAGAAAAUGAUCUCUCUCCUUUAAUCAAUAUCUUGGAAGACUGCAUCAAUACAAUGCAGGAAUUACUAAAUGUCCCAUUUCUGACUCAGCUGUAGUUAUGAAGUCUCUUCUUUUAGACCAUCAAUAGACAACCUCCCCUCCCCUAAAAAUAAAAAAAAAACACUUGAGAAGAAAUUAUUGUGUUGCCUAAGAAAUAUAAGGACAAAGAACAAAGAAAUAUAAGGAAGGAAGUUUUAAAACAUUCCACAAAAAGGAAAACUAUUAUUUGCACCUCUAAUUAUGAUUGUAUAUUAUACUAUCUAUUCAAAUUGUCUGUCUUAAAAAAGGCAAUGCUGUCUCCUCUCUUGCUGGUGGGUUAAAUAUUUUCAGAAAUUACUGUGAUAACAACUUUUGUAUAGUUUGUCCCUAUUUGUUAAUUGUGAAUAUGUUAAUUAUUUGAUGAGUAUAUGCAUUUAGUAUACACAAUUAAGAUGAAAAACUGUAGAAGAGUCUAAAAUGUUUUCUUUUUGCAAAUUCAUAUGCUAACAGUUUAAUUCUGUACUCUGUUUAAAGUACUGUUAUAACUAGAGUAGAUGUGAAUGAAGACUACCCUAAAAAUUGUGAAGAAUGAAAUAAUGAACUUUGAAAUUAAUUAGCUUUUUAUGGCACCUCUUUACUAUGAAGAUUUCUAAAGGUUUUUGUUUUCGUUUUUGUUUUUCAAUUACCUCUACAGAAUUUUUUUUUUUUUUUAACCACAGUACUGGGAAGUUGGCCAGCAGAAGGAGUACAAAUUAAUAAACUCUAGUGUUUGGACUAAGGUGUUCCCUAUUGAUACAUAUUCAUUCCCAAAGCAACCCCAAAACAAAAUGUGAAGCAUUUUGGUUCCAAAUGCUAAGAACACUAAACACCAUAAUAAAAAUAUAAAACCUUAACACCCAAAGAAAUACUUUUCUACAAUUUCUAAAACAUGAAAUAAGCAAAUCCUAAUGCUGCCUCUGUUACUAAUGAACCAUAAUGUGAUAUUGAGUAAAUUAUUUGUCCUCCCAGUUUCUUCAUCUGCAAGUUACAAGAUUAGACUAAAUCAGUUUUUGCCAACUUUUUCACUACCAAUUAACCCAAAUUUUUAUAAUCCUUCCACAACAAACCUGUGUUUUAGAAACUUUUGUUUAUUUUUAAAACUCGUAGACUAAAUAAUGAUUGACACAUUAUCCAAAUUUUAAUAUUGCAAAGGCCCAUCAGAGCUUCUGAAGAGUAGCCCCACUGAAUUGAGAUUAUUUCAAAUAAUUGUAAAGGAACCCAAAGUCUUCAUGUGGGUAUACUGGGAUUUCCACUCAUACGUUGAGAUAUGGAAAUAGAUCAACUCCUGUUGCUCAGUUUAUAGAUUCUGGAAGUCGGACCUCACAUUUGAAACCAAUGAUUUCGAAGACCCUUUCCAAAUAUGAAAUAUUUUGAUGUCUACUUUUAAGCCAAAAUAUGCUCACGUGAUGAAUUUAAUAGUAGGUAAAAUUACACAGUUCAAAAGUAUUUGUAUUUGAAAAAAAAAAAAAGUAUUUGUAUUCGUUAAAUUUGGUGGCAAAUAUACAUAAUACACUGACAUUGAAUUUCCUGUAAUCUUUUUUCUGAUUGAGAAUAGUGCAACUUCAAUACACUGUCAUUUUUUAAAAUUCUAAAUUAAAUCAAGAAAAUACUUUAGAGUUUUGGUAUAUACCCCAAGAAACAGACACACACAUGCCUAUGAAAAAUUUAUGUAAUAUAUAAUCAUAUCAAUAUAAAAGGUAUAUUUGGAGUAUUCUAAUGUACUAAAUAUUAUUUCUGUUACACUUUUAUGUAUGGAAUUUUGUCAUGUGAGAAGAGUUAGAAAUAAAUAUCUUCAGCUGGUAA